AGCCCGGGCCUUAUAUAUGCAGCCUGUUGCUGUUGUUUGUGAGUACACACACACUUUGCCGAGGACCAGCUCAAACCCACAGCCGGACGCCCACGCAGCAGCCAGCAUGAGAGAGUUCAAGAGCAAGGAUUUCUGGAGGGCCGUCCUGGCCGAGCUGGUCGGCAUGACCCUUUUCAUUUUCCUCAGCAUCUCCACGGCCAUUGGGAACACGAACAACGCCAACCCAGACCAGGAGGUGAAGGUGUCGCUGGCCUUCGGACUGGCCAUCGCCACGCUGGCCCAGAGUUUAGGCCACAUCAGUGGAGCCCACCUGAACCCUGCGGUCACUCUGGGGAUGCUCGCCAGCUGUCAGAUCAGCGUGUUCAAGGCGGUCAUGUACAUCGUGGCCCAGAUGCUGGGUUCAGCCCUGGCCAGCGGCAUCGUGUAUGGAACACGUCCAAGUACCACUGAUGCACUGGGGCUCAACGCUCUCAGCGGUGUCACUCCCAGCCAAGGCGUGGGCAUCGAGCUCCUGGCUACCUUCCAGCUGGUGCUGUGUGUCAUUGCAGUCACUGAUAAAAGGAGGCGUGAUGUCACCGGCUCGGCACCAUUGGCCAUCGGCCUCUCCGUGUGCCUGGGACACUUGGCAGCUAUCAGCUACACGGGCUGUGGGAUCAAUCCCGCUCGCUCCUUUGGUCCGGCUUUGAUCCUGAACAAUUUUACAGACCACUGGGUGUACUGGGUGGGUCCCAUGUGCGGUGGCGUAGCGGCGGCGCUCAUAUACGACUUCCUGCUCUCCCCCAAAUUCGACGACUUCCCCGAGCGUAUGAAGGUCCUGGUCAGCGGCCCGGUGGGCGACUACGACGUCAACGGAGGCAACGACUCUACGACCGUGGAGAUGACGUCCAAGUAGCGCCGCGCCAACGCUUAAUAUCGAUGUAUAUGUCUAUAUAUGCUCCUGUAAAGAAAAAAAAAAGAAAAAAAAUGAAUUUAGUGUUUUUUGAGUUGUUGUAAAGUACCAAUGAGGAAUGUGGUCAACGGGUCAGUUAGCACCUCUUUCUAAUUCACUCCUUCGUUUGACUCUGCACAAAGUUUUUUCUUUUAUUUUUUUUAAUCCAAACUGCCGCUCAAGCGUGAUGCAAGUUCAGAUUGAAAGUCUUGAUAGAGCAGCGUAUGUUGAACUUUUAUUCCCCCAUAUCAGUAUUUUAUGUUUAUGUUGAGCCAUUUUGUAUACAUAUUUCUAUUUACCUGCGUCACAUGUUAUUUCUGAUGGAUGAUGUAUUGUGUGUGUGUGUGUGUGUGUGUGUGUGCACUCUUGACAUGUCUCACUUUUUUAAGUAAAGUAAAACACUCGAUGUUAACAG